CUCCGACUCUGUGAUAGCGGACACCGCCCUGAGUAGCGGGGAUGUUUCCAUGCCGAGAGAAUCGUUCUCUGAGCACACCACCGGCUCGGCGAGCUCCGAGCGGCAGGACAAAGAAUUCAAGGAUAAGGAAUCGAAGAAACAGAGAGACAAAGACAUGGUCUCCAAACAACGGGGUAGAGAGCGGGAGAGAAACAAACGCAAGAGAGACCGCGAAGACAGAGGUAUCUCCCCGGGUAAACAGAAGUCGCUGAGGAACGCCGUCGGUGAUAUUCAGCGGGUGGAGGACGAGCCCGGGGCUGGUGAAAAAAUUACCGGGAUGAUUGAUUUCGGGUUUCGUGAAAAUGCCAAGGUGGCCCCGCGACAAACGGGGCAAGCGAUGCGAGGGAAGGAAGCCAGUGAGACUACGUCAACAGCAAUCGGCCAGACGAAUGUUAGAAUAAUUGAUGUGACGAAAUUCGUGGAGGCUUCAGAGAGCUCUAACAGGAACGAAGACUCCGGUGAUGUACGGGACCACGCGAUGAAAACGACCUGUGGGCUCGAGUCUCAGACUGUGACUUCGCAGAGUGACGAUUCUUCAAUGGGCGACAACCAGACAUUCCGAGGCAGGCUGAGAACCACCGACUCGAACGAAACCCAGAGUGAGGAUGACAAGAUGGGUGAGGAGGCCCCGUGGAACGUAGAGGCGAUUAAAAUGUCCACCAGCCGUUUCGGUAAACGAACAUCACACCACAGACAAAAACAACUGGGUGGCCCGAACACGCAGGUCAACCUGUCCACCAGUCCAGUCCUGAGUGAGAACACAAGCCUGACCCGUGCCUCGCGUUCUGAAUCUGAGAAAGA